GGUACCUGCAUCUGUCUCUGUCCGUGCGGCGCUGCAGCCAACUUUAGCACCAAACCCCCACGUUCCGCCGACUCCCCACCUUCAACUUCCAAUGUCCAGCCUCUAGUCACUUCCGUCAUCGAAGGCACCGACAACGACAAAGCUCCAGGCGUUACCUAGCGAUUACCAUGGCCAGCUUCACACCGGAGCUACAGGCCCAGACGCCUCCCGUCUUGCCGCCCAAGCCUGGAAGCCACGAGACCAGCCGAAUCGCCACUCCCAACUCCGUAGCCUUCCCGCCGCCGCCUGAUGCCGGGAGUCGUCUACCUGGCGCUGUCGCGGCUGCCUCAGUCGCUAUCCCCGACCCAGGCGAUCAAUGGCUGCCGCAGAUGCUCCAGGAGAAGCCAAAGCAGGACUUAGCCGAGAUCCUUUCUAACCCGUCUCUACUCAACACCAUCACCCACGCCUCCGACUCGAUCCACCCAUCCCUCCAAGCCUCCCACCAAGCCCUAUCAGCCGCGCUGCGUGACAACAUCGACCUUGCCCAGCAACUGGCUGACAUGGAGGCGCGCCUCAUUCACCAACGCGCAACGACACAGGGCCAAAUCCUCUCGACGCACGCCCUCGAGCGGCAGUGGCGCCAGAAGCAGUCGGGUAUGGACCAUGCGCUCGCAUCCUUCUCCCCCGCGGCGCUAUAUCAACAACUCGGACAGGGCGUGCAAGAGCAGGCCCUUGUGUGUGAGGCCAUGGAGGAGAGCUUUCUCGAUGGUGAGGGCGAGGGUGCGCCUGCUACGGAGCGUGAGGUGACGGAUUGGGUUCGACGGUAUCGCGAGGCUAAGCUGCUGUUCUACCUACGGCAAGAGCGAAAAGAGAGGUGGGACGAGGGACGGGUUGGGGGCUGGAGGUAAGGAGUGGAUGUAUCCUUGGCUGGAUUGGCAUAGCAAUGUCGGGUUGUCUCUUAUUUACCUACACAUUUACGAUGAGGAGCAUGUUCAUACCCCAUAAGCAUAGUCGCGGAUUUAUAUAACGAAUUGACGCUCAAUAU